AUGGCUCCCACCAACCGCCCCGAACACCACAUCAAUCUCAACUACAUCCCCCAGCUGCCCCAGCCGCCCCACUCGGGCUCCUCCACCGGCAAUACCUCGCCUGUCGAGCCUCCCAACAGCGGCUCUCUCCGCUCCUUUGGCAAUGCCUCGAACCCACUGGGUGCCGCCGCCGCGGGUGCCAGGCUUGGCAAUGGAUCCCCGUCGCAUGACUAUGGCAGUCGACUCUUUUCCAAACGUGCACGCGAGAUUCAGGCACAGGAGGGCUUAACUCCGCAAAUGUGGGGACCUCCUACCAGCGGUAAUUCCACGCCGCUGCGCGAGACCAUCCCAGAAUCCCCCAACAGCGAGAACUUGAGCUUCCCAGACUUCAACAACGCUAUGCCAGAUGCGACACAGGCUGCACCCGCCUCGGGUCGUCGUGCCCGCGCUGGCACCCUGCCCUCCCGCUUCUCCCCCUCUGCUGCCCCUCCCGGCCUCAUGUCCGGCGCCUCCCUGCUCCCCAAGAGCUCACGGCCAACGCCCUCAACGAGCCCCUUCAAGCCCGGCCCGGGUACACCGACCGACAGCUCGAGCUUCAGUGCUCUUGGAUCUACGAACGCUGCUGCCAAGUCUGCACUGCUCUCGCGUCUCCGUGCUGGCUCAAUGCCUCAACGACCGGGAGCCUACAUGCCUCCUUCCAACUCUGCCUUUGGUAACCCCAUCUUCUCCAACGGCUGGGGCCGUGACCGAAGCAGCACGCUCCACAGUAUUGCCUCUGUUGGCUCAAACGGGCCUGGCUCACCCAGGUCUUCAUUCUCCCGCGAUUCGCUUGCCGACACUGAUGUCAAGAUUCUCGAUUACCUUGGUUUAGUCGACACUCCUCAACCUGCGCGAGCUACCUUGGCCCCGUCCGACAUUGAGCUACUCCUUGAGAGCCAGAGGAACGCCAACAGCCAGAACGCCAACAGCGCAAACCGCUUCCGGUCCUACUCAGUCAAUGCCAAAGAGAAGUACGCCGAAGACGAGGAGGACCAGUAUGGCGGAUACAGCGGCGCCAUAACUCCUGCCGAGGCCAACGCUCUUCUCAUCCAUGAGGCUGUGCGCCAGCACAACCUUGAAGUCCAAGCAUUCGCGAACCUCGCUUCCAAUGCGCGUCCACGAGCUCGCACUGCCGGUGUGCUAGACGCUCCUUCGCGGGGCAUGAUGCGAAACUACUUGCCCGCCAUGGGACGAUUUGACAAUGGCAUGGGAUCUGGUGACUUGACUGAGGAUGCCGAGUACAACCUCACUGAAGCUGUCAAGAAGCUUCAUUUGCCUGGUAACAACCUGGGCGAUGACGGAACUCUGGAAGGACCCACUCGAUCCCUGUGGCUCGGCAACAUCCCUUCGUCAACCACGGUUUCGUCACUCCAGGUCAUCUUCGCUCAGUACGGCGGUAUUGAGUCUACCCGAGUGCUCACUCACAAGAAUUGCGGUUUCGUCAACUACGAAAACCUCGAGAGCGCCAUUCAGGCCAAGUCGACUUUGAACGGAAAAGAGAUCUUCCCAGGCGCUGGCCCCGUUCGCAUCGGUUACGCUAAGAUUCCAAGUGCAGCGGCCACGCCCGGUCACAACGGUCUGUUCCCUUCGCCGAGCCCCGAUCCAAUGUCAAAGGCUCAGGUUGAGGGUGCGGCCGGCUCUGCCACUGCUACCAAGAUGAGCAGCAUCCCCGCCAACGUUCCUCUGACCACGCCAGAGCUUAGCGACAUCCGCAGCGACAUUAUCCAGAUUGUAAAGGAGUUGGGCGCCACGGACGAUGAACAGUCCAGGAUUACUAACAAGGUCGAGAAGGCUGUCCAAUUCAACAACUACGUCGAUGAGAUUCCAUCUGUUGAGGAGCCGAGCCACACCCGCAUCCACGAUGCCCCUAGACUGCGAGAGAUCCGCAAGCGCAUUGAUAACGGGUCCUGCUCCAAGGAGGACAUUGAGAAUAUCGCCAUGGCCAUGCUCCCUGAAAUUGCUGAGCUGUCCUCUGACUACCUCGGUAACACUGUCGUGCAGAAGCUGUUCGAGUUCUGCGAGGAGCCUACCAAGGAAGCUAUGCUUCGUGAGAUUGCUCCCCAUCUCGCUAAGAUUGGUGUACACAAGAACGGAACAUGGGCUGCUCAGAAGAUCAUCGAUGUCUCCAAGUCCGAGACUAUGCAGAGGAUGGUCGUGGAUGCUGUCCAACCAUAUGCUAUGGCGCUCUUCCUCGACCAGUUCGGUAAUUACGUUAUGCAAGGCUGCCUCAAGUACCAGAAGUUUAACGACUUCAUCUUCGAGGUCAUGCUGGGCAGACUUUGGGAUCUCGCCCAGGGCCGAUUCGGUGCCCGUGCCAUGCGAGCUUGCUUGGAGAGCCACUAUGCCACCAAGGAUCAGCAGCGUAUGGUAGCUGCUACGAUUGCUCUCCACAGCGUUCAGCUCGCGACCAAUGCGAACGGUGCAUUGCUCCUGACCUGGUUCCUCGACACCUGCACCUUCCCAAGGAGACGUACUGUGUUGGCUCCUCGUCUGGUCCCACACAUUGUUCACCUCUGCACACACAAGGUUGCAUAUCUCACCGUCCUGAAGAUUAUCAACCAACGUAACGAGCCCGAAGCUCGGGACACGAUCCUACAGGCACUUUUCUUCUCUCCCAAUGACCAGGUCUUGGAAAACAUCUUGGCUGAUCAGAAUUGCGGUGCUACCUUGAUCUUCAAGGUGUUAACCACCCCAUUCUUCGAUGAGCAGAUUCGCGCGGAUGUGGUACAGAACGUACGUAACGUCCUCUUGCGCAUCAAGGCGCAGCCUCAACAAGGCUACAAGCGACUUAUGGACGAGGUUGGUCUUUCCACUCGUGGCGGACCUGGUCAUCGCGAACACUCCGCAACCCGGCCAGCAUCGAAGGAUAGCAUUGCAUCUGGACCUCCGAACCCUGGAAACUUUUACCAAGGAGCGGCUCCUGGCUAUGACCCUGUCGCGCUCCAGCGCACAGCAAGCAUGGACUCCAACGGUUUCGAGCAGUACCCGAUGGGCGGUGGACCCAUGUACAUGCCAAAUAUGCAAGCUAUGAACAACCAGCAACAGAUGCAGUACCAGCAGCUCUUGGCCCGACAGGGUCAGUUCUACCCUCAGAUGAACGGCUUCCAAGCCCCAGUUCCGGGCAUGGAUGCUUAUCGCAACGCCUCGCCUGUUGCAGGCCCCGGCAGCUUCAAUGGAUCACCGAUGAUGCAGCCUGCCAACCUUGCCGGUCAGGGCAUGCCAGGCAUGUACCCUCCGUAUGGCAUGUACAUGCCGCCCCAGCACCAACAGGCCGCUGGAGGCAACCAACGACGUGGCAGAAGAUAA